AUGCCUCGUAUUCCCGACCUACCUGGUGUCCCCGUCCCCAACAGGUCAGAGCAGGAACUAUGGCUCAAGCAGCUCGUCGCCCGACUCUGCCAACUCGACAACGAACGCUUCCCUGGUAGCCAGCCGAUCAGCUUUGGAACAAAGGAUCUCGCGAAAUUGGAUUCUUUAGAUUACUGGGUGUGCGAGAAGUCUGAUGGCGUUCGUGUUCUGCUCUUCGUGCAGACAGACAUCCAUACGACAGACCAGGCCAUCUAUCUCAUUGAUCGCCACAACAGCUACCGCCAGCUGAAUGGCUUGUUCUUCCCACAUUACGAGGAUCCCAGAAUGCCCCUGCGCAAUACCAUCGUGGAUGGUGAGCUUGUGGUGGACCUGGACCCACUCACCAAGCAGGAGACUCUACGAUACCUUGCUUUUGACUGUCUAGUGAUUGAUGACAUGAACGUCAUGUCGAAGUCUCUGGACAAGAGAUUUGGAAGACUACAGCAAUGCUUUUACAAGCCGUAUUCCCAGAUGCUGAAAGAAUAUCCUCACGUGGCGGGAGGGCGGCCGUUCGAUAUCAAGGUGAAAGAGGUCCAGCUGUCGUACCACGUCGACGACGUCUUCAAUGUCGAUAUCCCUGCAUUGCAGCAUGGCAAUGAUGGCCUGAUAUAUACCUGCGUUAAUACUCCCUACGUUCCUGGCACAGACCAUAACAUAUUGAAAUGGAAGCCGCCUUCGGAAAAUUCCAUCGAUUUCAGGCUAGUCUUACGCUUCCCGCCUGCACCAAAGCGCCCUACCGAGCCCGACUUCUUUGCGAAGCCCAUCUUCGAGCUGCAUGUCUAUUGUGGCGAUGAAAGAGGUAGCCGGCGGUACGAGAUGUUCGAUGUCAUGCACGUCGAAGAUGAAGAGUGGGAGCAAAUGAAGGCGUCGGGCGAGCAGCUCGACGAUCGCAUCGUGGAGGUCCACUGGGAUCCUGAGGGUGAGCACUGGCGCAUGAUGCGGUUCAGAGACGACAAGCCCGAUGGCAACUACAAGUCCGUGGUGGAGAACAUCAUCAAGAGCAUCGCGGACGGCGUCGGCAAAGACACGCUCCUAGCACACUCCACCUCCAUACGGAACGCCUGGAAGGCGCGUCAAGCAGGAACGCAGGCGCGCCCGCCGCAGAAGCCCCCUCCUGGACCGAUCGCACAGCACCCGCUCCCUCCAAAACCGCACCCCGCCCCGCCAUCGCGCGCGGACUCAGAACCCGCGCCGCACGCUGAGGCGCUUUACGGCCCCCUUACACCCUCGCGCUACAGUAAAGUCAGUGGGCCCGACAUGAUCGCAGGGAUGUACCGUUGA